AUUGUUACAAAGAAAACACAAAGUUAUGUGUAUUCGCUAUCUAAGGAAUGUGUGUAAAAUUAAUUAAUGGAAUUUAUGAAAUUGACAUUUUAGUGUGGAACAAGAUGGAUUUUAUUUGAAUAAUUAGGAUAUAAACAAUGGUAAAAUAUUGAAGAAUUUAUCGUUUUAAAUUAUUUUUUGAUAAAUAACAGCGUGAGAAACACAUUCCUGUGUGUGGACCGUAUCAAAACAAUACAUUAAUGAUAAUGGCCAAUCUACAGUCAUUAGAGCAGGAGACUGCAAGAAUCAGAAUGAUGCAGAGCCAAAAGUCUUCGCCAGCAAAUUUGUUAUCAAAUUCAGAAAGAUAUCAUAAAUUUGAAAGCUUAACACAACAAAACAAAUUGCCACCAAAACCUGGGGGUCAGAUUGAGGGUCAAGUUGAACAAGGACAUCCUAUGAAUCCUGGAAAUAUUAAUGAAAUGAAUAGAAGUAUUUACAUUUCUCGUCAAGCAUAUCCAGCACCUAGUCAUGAAUAUAUGUUGAAUCAACACUUUUCUCAAAAUAUGACAGUCACUAACAACCCACAUGUAAUGGGAAAUUCUCAACACAAUUUGAAUUACAAGGUUGUGAAGCAGGGUACGGAUUAUAAUUCCACUUUGAAUUACAGCAGUGGUGGGGACUCGAAAAAUUCCAGUCCACGGACUAGUAUGAUAAACUCGCACCCUCCACCUCCAUAUGAUCAACAAAAAUUUGGAAGUCCUCGGUCAAGUUUAGCGAGUCCGCGUUCGAGCAUUAGUGGCGCCUCAUUGGAAAGUAAACAUUCAAGCCCAAGAACAAGUUUAGCAGGAAUGUCUGGUGUGAUGUAUGACAAAUAUCCUAGUCCAAGAACCAGUGUUGUGUUGUCACAGGAUCAUGGAGUACCUAAUUCAUAUGGACAUACUUUUUAUCAAGGUGUUCCACAAAAUGUUGCACAUCGGAAUAUGUCUUUAAUGAAUGAAAGUAGGUUUAAUGAACAUGCUCCUCCACAUAUGCAACAACAUAUAUCUGGUGUUCAUAUGACAAAUAAUAAUAACGAAAUACUUUAUCAGCAUAGACAGCAUUCGUCAUCUCCACAUAAUAGUGUUUCUAAUCUUGCUGGAAUACCAAACGAGUCCCAUAUAGGACAGUCCCAAACUUUUACACCACCACCUGCAAUACCAGCACGAGUUCCCAUUCACCAAAAUGGUAUUCAUCAAAAUCAUUUGGAUCCUGAACAAACCUUGGCAACAUUAACUCAACAGUUGCAGGACAAUAUGAGAAUAACAACCUCUCGCAAAAAUUCUCUAGAAUCGCCAGUACCUAAAAAUCCACCGCCUCCAUAUCAUGGUCCUCAUAAAACUGAACCUGUGCCAGUUAUACCGCCAAGAAAUCCACGUUAUACACAGACAUCACAACCUACUUCACAACAGAGAAUGUUUGCUCCUGGGGUGGUCUCUCAGUCAUCUGGUCACAUUGGACGUACACCGCCGUCAGCAGCAGUUCGUCCUCAAGCUCAAUUACCAUACAGUGUAACACCACCUACAAAAGGUCCCACAGAAGCAGAGAAAAAAAUUGCAGCAUUAACUCAACAGUUGGAGGAUGAAUUUGAAAAGGCACCACAGGGUGAAUAUUUUGGUCAGUGCUUUAAAUGUGGUGAAAGGGUUACAGGAGCCGGUGAUGCGUGUCAGGCCAUGAACAACUUGUACCAUACCAAAUGUUUUGUGUGUUGUUCUUGUGGUCGAACGUUGCGAGGGAAAGCAUUCUAUAAUGUCCAUGGAAGGGUGUAUUGUGAAGAAGACUACUUAUAUUCUGGUUUUCAACAGACGGCAGAAAAAUGUUGUGUUUGUGGUCAUCUUAUAAUGGAAAUGAUAUUACAGGCCAUGGGUAAAUCAUAUCAUCCUGGAUGUUUUAGGUGUUGUGUAUGUAAUGACUGUCUCGAUGGAGUGCCGUUUACGAUUGAUGUAGACAACAAAAUUUAUUGUAUAGAAGAUUAUCAUAGGACAUAUGCACCAAAAUGUGCGGCAUGUGGACAAGCUAUAACUCCAGUAGAGGGUACAGAAGAAACAGUUCGUGUUGUAUCUAUGGACAAAGAUUAUCAUGUUGACUGCUAUCAUUGUGAGGAUUGUGGUCUCCAGCUAACAGACGAGCCAGGCAAACGUUGUUAUCCAAUUGAGGAUCAUCUGUGGUGUCAUAGCUGCCAUAUAAAACGGCUUUCCGUCAUGUUUCCAGAGGAACAGUUCUAUUUUGAUCCAUACACUCAUAAUAUACAGAACAAAUUAACAAGUGAUUCAUCAGGAAAACAAAGAGACAGCAUUGCUAUAAUGCCAGCCUCACUGGAAUCAUACCCAGGCCGACCAGGACCUCCACCAAUCAAGCCAACACCCAAUGGAGGGAAUUAUGGAUACAGUCCUGGUCCUUAUGGCCAACAACCAAUGCAACAAGGUCCACCAAUGAAACGUGCAUCCCAUCAUUAUCAAGUUACAGAUCUAUGAACAAUUUGUUGAUAAUAAUCUGUUUGUUAAUAUUUGUCGUCUUUAUAGUGCUAAAGCCUGCACAAAUGAAAUUUAUUUGGCUUUUUAUUGCUUUAAAGAAACAUUGUCAAAUAAUGGAGAGAACAUUACAGCUGAUAUUAAUCAAAUUUCACCUUUUUUAAACAUUUUUCAUUAAGAUUUUUAUUUUUACUCAUGAAAGAUACUUACAGAGAAGUGAGAAGUCAAUCAAAAUUGUUUUGCAUAAACAGAAUUAUAUUUUCUAAUGGUAUAGAUAGUUUCCAAUAAUCCUUUUUGAGCUGGAGUUAUUUCCCUUGCCUACCAUACAGGAUGGCAAACUGUUUGAUUCCUUAUUUAACUAAUGAAGUUAAAAUGUGUAGUACAAAUAAUUCUGAUAAGAGAUCCUUGCUAGAUCAUAGCAAUGAAUUAUACAAGACUUAAGCGAAUACAAAAUUUCUAAUAAAACUAUGUUUUCAUAAGUCUCAGCGGUUACUAUAUCAAGUUGAAUUUAGUUGAUUUAUUCAAGGAAUUUAUGCUGGUUGACCUCCAACAGUACUGCAAAGAGACAUAACUUUUACUCAAAGUACGUCAAGAGAAAACUUUCUAUUGCUGAAUUUUAUUUAUAAAUAUAAAGAAAUCAAAAUUUACUGCCACAUUUAAAGCUUUGAUUUAGUGAAAGAAACUAAAGGAAAGUCAUAAGUCUUUACUUACCUGUUACAUUAUCUGUUAAUUUUUAUAUGAAGUUAGUAAUUUGCAUAUUUGACAUUAUUAGUGUUAUCUGUCCAAUCAUCAAGGUGCUUGUUGUGGCCACCUUUAUUUUGUGAAACAACUCCCUUUUGGAUUUAAAAGAGAAAUUAGGAAAAAUACAUACAAAACUAUUACCUGCCACAUAUUAGAAAAAAGAUAAAACAUUGCCGUAUAAUUAUGUAAAACUUCUGAAUGUUUCUCAGUCUCACAUUGAGCCUUAGUAGGGAAUGUCUGUGAAUAUUACAAUGAAUUUUCACAGUUAAAUUGUUUCCUUAAAAAAAUGCCACUUCAAAAUUAAUUUGCACUUAAAUGAGAGAAAUUAUUGAUUGAACAUAAAUAAGGCUUAGGCAAACAUCCUUGGAAUUGUGAGUACUUGGUAUUGGUAUUCACUAUAACAUAUAUGACUGGCAGAAAACGUUACAUUUGCUUUUUAUUUGCAAUGAGAAUAUAGAUCUGAUAUUUUGAUUUGUGAUGUUCAUCAACUUUUGGUAGCAGUAGAUUACAAAAUGUUUAAUUAAUAAAUAAGGAUCAAUUAAAAUUAUAAACAUUUUAUAAUUUCUCAAUAACCAGAUUGGAAAAGUAUUUUAAUAUAUUUUAAUAACAAGAACAUGAUUUAUGUGCUGUGUGUGUAAAAGAUAGGGAUGUGUGCAAUGUUAAGCCACUACACAGGUCAAAUGUCAUGUGCUUGUCAUUAGGGGUCAGUAUUAAACUAUAACAUAGACCCAUGUUCAAGUAAAAUUUCUGAGAUCUAUUGAAUGGAAUACUUUCAACAACAUUUAAAAACAAAAUCUACCGAUUAACUGCCUGUUUGACUAUGUACAAAAUAUGAGAAGGAAUUUCUCUCACCCCCAGAAUGGCAAAUGUGGCAUUUAACUUGUGUUGCUUGGUUCUUGAUAUUAUUUCAUGUUUUCUGAAAGAUAGAUGUUUCUUUACAGCUGGCUUUCAUCUCCCAAGUUUUGUAUUAUUUUGGAACAUACAUUAACUUCAUAUUUUUGGUAAGAUAAUUUACAACAUUUAUAUUAAGCAAUUUACUACUGUUUUUGUAUUUAGACAUUUGUAUCAGUCAACACUUUAUUUACAUGUUAUUCGUCAGCCAAUCAAACAAGCUUGACAGAGUAUCAGCAUUUUAUAUAACACAAGUUGUUCAUUGUUGAAUGUGUGCUUUUUUGGGUUUCAUACCACAUUAGUCAUACAAUGUUGAAUAUUUGGUUUUCAGCAUUUUAUAUUAUCAAACAAGUCCUGCAAUAUUAGAUAUUCUUAUAUCACACAAGCUAUACAAUUUGGAGUAUUUAUUAUUCAGAAUCUUACAACUCACAAAUCAUUCAGCAUUGAAUAUUUGUCAAUUGACAUUUGAUUUACCAUAUUUCAUACAAUGUCAUAUAUUUAUUACACAAUCAUACAAUGUCAAAUAUUUAUUACAGAAUCAUACAAUGUUUACCUUUAGUCAGUGCAAUCUGUCUCAAAUCAUAACAUGACAAUAUUUCUUUCCCAUGAUUCUUUGUUUUGUAUGGAUUAUCUCCCCGAGGAAUGAUUUUUUUUUUGUUUCUUUAUGAGCUAAGCUUCCUAUUAUUAUUUUUUGUAAAAUAAAAAAAGGAUAGCAUGAAGCUAAAUGUCAUAAUAAAUGAUAUUCUUUGUACAGAUUAGUUGAAUUAUACAUAUCAUAUUCAUUAAUUUUACUGAAAACUCCAAAUAGUUCAUGACGAAUCAUCAGAUAUAAUAAGGGGGAUAAACCAAAGAAUGAGAAUUAAGGGAAAUGUCACAUACAUGACUAUGUUUGCAAUAUAUGUGAAAUCUGGUUCAGUUGAUGAUAAACAUGUAUUUAAUAUGACAUUCAGUGCCAAAGAAUCUAUUCAUUACAUACAAUCGAUCGCUUUCAGUGUUUAAAUGUGGUCUCUUUUAAUUCAUUUUUUACAUGUAAUUGUAAAGGAUAAAAAUAUCGAAAUGGGAAAGUUAAAUUUGAUUUGUAAAAAUGAAUGUAUUAAAUGUUUCAAAUUAACAAAGUUACUAAAGGGGGAUAAUUCAAAUAAUUCUUUCUGUUCCAAGGCUCAAUGAGAAAAGUUAUUUUUACAUCUUCCAUUAGUUACCUGGUAAUGGAAAGAAAAAAACUGACAGUUUCUCAUGUACUGUUUAGUCAGAUAUUAUUUGAUUUAUUUUAACAAAUAAAUGUUUUUGUUGUACUUAUUUUUAUUGGUUUAUAUUGUUAAGUUAUGACAUAAUUUUCAACAACCUUAACAGUUUUUGACUACAACCUAUUAUUUCUGAUUAUUCAUUCCAAAAUUUUUAUUUUUCUGAUGAUCUGCAAAAUCAUUCCAGAAUGUCCCAUUUUUCUCCUCAUCUGAUGUAUUAUUUAAUAAUGAUUUUUUUCCCUCAACUGAAGUAAUAUUAGUAAUAUUUUCUGUAUCAGGUUAUUUCUCGUUUGUUUGUGAAAUUGUUUGUGGCAAUUCAGACAGAUUUUAUAAUAUAUGAUGAUAUUCAGAGAUUAAUUCAUCUUGAAUUUCAUUUAAUAAAUCCAAAGAUUUUCAGAAUCAAAAGUUAACUCGUGCAUUAUUUCAUAAUAAAAAUUAUAGAAUGCAAUAUGUAGGGAAUGUUUGAGAAAUUAUUUUUGAGCAAUAUUAGGAAAUGUUAUAUAGAAAAAUGAUAAGCAAUAAUUGGGAAUUUAAACCCAUGGUUUAAUGUUUAUUUUGAUGUUUAAAAGCAUGUCCAUUCAAUUUUAUAGAACGUGGUGUCCACCUUUUUUAUUUGUGUAUUUUGUUUAAACAUUAGAUUCAAAGAAGGGUACAUGAUUAUAUCAGUAUUUUGAUGAGACAUAUAUUUUAGUCAGUUACUUUGACAGAUAGAAGAUUGUCCUCAAGUAAGGAACACUCCUGCCUCCUCCACCAACAAAAAGUUACCUCCUCAAAAUAGCCCAAUACUACUGAAAGUGGGGUUAAACACCUGUCAAUCAAUCAAAUUAGGAACUCUGGUUUUUGAGUCUCUGUUAGUAAAUGCAAUACCUUUGAUACAAGUAAAUUUAACACAUUAAAUUCUCUAUCCACCUUUUUGUUUGCUGUAACAAAAUAUAGAUGUAAUGUUGUUUAUCCUUGUGGAUUAUCAAAGCACAUGUUGGUUUUAAAUGUUAUGCUAAAUAUGUGUCAAUGUAAUUUUUCUUUUAAAAAGGUGGAGAAAAUUGUUAUGUAUUGAAAGCAUUUGAUUAAACUUUAUGUAUUGCAUCUCCUUGGUUCUGGAUCUGUCACUGGCUGUACUGUAAAUGUUUGAAAAAGUCUUACCUAGAGAAAGGAUAUAAAAUUUGUAGUCUAAUGUACCUGAGGAAUUAAGUUUUGACCAGUAAGUUGUUGUAUCUAUCAUGUGUCUCUUUAUAGAUGCCAGUAUUGUAUUGUUGUAAGAAACAAGUCUCAACUCUGAAGGCCUUUGUUAAUUUCUAUUUUUUAAUGUCAGUUACCUUUCUUUGGUAAAUCUUAUAAGUAACAAUCUUCAGACAAAUCUGGUCUGAAAUUUUGUAGUAAAAUUAGCAGUUGUUAAGAAGAUAAAGAAUGAUUUUUUUGUUUUGACCUGAUUGAAUGGCUGGAUAGUUCAAAUUGUUACAUAAAUAGUACGGUUUGGUGUUAUAUAUUCUUGUUAUUUAGAUAUAAUGUACUAAAAUUCCAGGGUUUUGUUAGCUGUUAAACAGCUUUAUUUUCUCUGUAAAUAUUGACAGAUUUAACUAAUAGUUCUCUUAGAGAUAAUAAUACAAAAACGUGUUCAAAAUGACAAUAUCUGUGAGGUUGAUGAGUUAAGGACUGUUGGUGCUAGUACUAUAAUAUGUAUAAAUUCUUUUGUUUUUAGCCUUUUCUUGUUAUUUAUUUCUGAUUUGAUUUAUUUAUUUUGUAUAUUUAGUUGGAUUGAAGUCUCUUGUUUAUAUAAUCAUGUUAAUGUUAAUUUUGUCAGUCAAAUUUUGUUGAUAGUGUUGCCUGACCUUCCCCCAAUAGAUUAGAGUUAUCUCCCUUGCUGUAUUUUUAAUUUGCUUCCUUUGAGUUUUAUUAGAAUUGUCUCCCUUCCUUGUAUGAAUUAUUCUCACAGAAUCAAGAUAUUGCUGUUGAAUUUUACAAAAUCACAGUAACCUGCUCAGACUAUUAUAAAUAUACCAGUAGUUAGAAGAAAAAAGAAAUCCAUUGCACCAGAAAACAAUUCUGAGUUUUAUUUACUGUAAUGAAUGGUCAGUAGUUAAACGUCUAUUUAUAUAAUGAAUUAUAAGAAUUUAUUCAAUUACAUAAUGAAUUGGUUUAUUUAACUGAAUUUUUUUAUUAUUAUUUGUUUGAUGUAGGAAAAUUUCCCUUAAGAUACAUAGCAGUUUAGUGACAUAUGAUUGAAUUGCAGUUGUGAAAGCCAACAAAGAAUGUUAAAAUUCAUUUUGCUCAAUACAAAAUUAUUUUCUUAGAUGAAAUUGCCAAAAUAUUGUUAUUUUAUUACAGUUUUACUCGUUCUACUUAAAGUUACAAGUAUAAGCUAGUUCAAGUCUGAUUUCAGUCAUAAAUGUAGAAGUAUGAAUUGAAAAUAACAUUUUUUUUGGGAUCACUAUUAAUCUAGUGGAAUAAUCUACUUAAAGACAUUUUUCAAUAGGAAAUUUUUUUUGUUCGGUAAUGUAAAAUUUCCUUAAUACAAGAGUUUUUGUACUGGGGGUAUUUUACAGUUCAAAUGUCAAUUUGGUUAUUGUUUAACAUAUCAUGUUGGCUAUAAUAUACUUGGUUGAAUUUUACCAUCAAAACCUUAUUAUACAUUGAUGAAAUUAUUUAACCUUCAAGACUCUAUUAAAAUGGAUCUCUAUUUUCUUAUUGUUACCAGCAGAAAUUGAUUAAUCUGUAUGCAGAAAUUUUGGUUAACAGUUUCCAAAUCCAAAAAAAUUUUUAAAUUAAAAAGUUUUUGUAUAUGUCGAUCUGCAUGAUAAAAGUAAAUAAAGUUUAGUUGAUAACUAAACUUCACAUAAGUUUAUUGGAUUUUGUUAAGAAUCAACAAUGUCAUUAAAUGUGAAUUCAGAUUAAAAUAUAGAUGUAUGAUAUUGUUUCAUGGUAAAUAUUCACUAAAAAAAAUGGAAGAUUGACAGUACGGUAGCACUGGAAGUUCAGAUUAAUGAAAUAACUUAUGUUAACAACCGUUACAAUGUUUUAUUAGUACUCUACAAGAUCGUAUUUUAUUGAUUGACAGUACCACAUAUAGUAGAUAUGAUUCAUUAAAUAUUACUAGUCUUUUUCAUUUGAAAAAUCUUAGGAUUGAAAAUUAUCAACCGGAUGAAAUGAGUAAUGCAAUUGUAAUGAUUCCACCCAGUGUUGAUUUAAGUAAAGGUUGUACAAGAUGAUGUAAACAUGGUUUAGUUGUUUUAUUUUCCACUUUAUUUUACUUUUACCACUGAAGUAGAUGACAAUAAAAUAUUUUUGAAAUAUAAA